CGCAAAGCUCCAACGAAGAACAGGGGGAAAGGGAACUGGAAUGAGACCACAGGCGCUGACGAUAGAUCAUUUAUAAACAACAGAAGGCAAAUAUCAGAGUUAUUUUCGGAGGCUGCAUUAUUGUAAGAGUGGAGAAGGGGGUGGAGAGGAGGGAGAGAAAGACGGAGAAAGAAGGGGAGCGGAGCCAUCAAUGCGCUGACACCAUUCCUCACAGCGUUUCAUCCAAAACAUCGCCGCUUUCGCUUCUGUUACUCCCCAAGCUUUAACCACAGCUUCUGUUGACGUUGCGCCAGAGGAUGCCCAGCUCACCAUGGAGGCAGGUGUAAUGAAGCGAGGGGAGACGCGCAGCGCACAAUAGCCACCUGCUCCAGAAGAGAAGACGCUCACAUCCAAAAUGCUGUUUAAAACUAGGACUCUCCAUGGAUUAGACCACAAAGUUUAACCUCAUAUUUGUCAAGCGGCAAUGUGGGCAUCGUGACGCAUAUGGACGCUCGUUUGGAAAAGACGGGACAGCUUUAAAAUCUGAUCAAGGACACAGGCGCCCCUCCAGUAGCCAGGAUGCCCGGGACACUCACAGCAGCGCAGUCCUUCUACAUCGGGAUGGAGGUGCUGAUCGCAGUCUCCUCCGUGCUCGGGAAUGUGAUGGUGGUUUGGGCAGUGAAGAUAAACAAAUCACUCAGAGACACCACGUUUUGUUUCAUUGUGUCUCUGGCGCUCGCGGACAUCGCAGUAGGAGCCCUCGUGAUACCCCUCGCAAUCACUAUCAGUAUCGGACUCCAAACUCAUUUCUACAGCUGCCUGCUCGUGGCGUGCACGGUGCUGGUGCUCACACAAAGUUCAAUCCUGGCGCUGCUGGCCAUCGCUAUUGACCGUUACCUCAGGGUCAAGAUCCCCACCAGGUACAAGCGCGUGGUGACUCCUCGCAGAGCCGGACUGGCCGUAGUUCUCUGCUGGACCGUCUCCUUCAUCGUGGGACUGACACCGAUGUUGGGCUGGAACAACCUGUGGCGUCUGCAGCAAAAUUCCUCUAACAUCUCCUCGGACCUCAUCAUCACCUGCCAGUUUGAAACAGUCAUCAGUAUGGACUACAUGGUGUAUUUCAACUUUUUCGGAUGGGUUCUGCCCCCGCUGGUCCUCAUGCUUGUUAUCUAUGCAGAGAUCUUCUACAUGAUCCACAAGCAGCUCAACAACAAGAAGAUCAACACAAGCCACGCAGAUCCAAACAAGUAUUACGACAAAGAGUUGAACCUCGCAAAAUCUUUGGCACUUGUCCUGUUCUUGUUCGCAAUCAGUUGGCUGCCCUUACACAUCAUCAACUGUAUCACCCUCUUCUGUCCCGAGUGCAAGAAACCAAUUGCUUUGCUCUACGUCGCCAUCUUGUUAACUCACGGCAACUCCGCUGUCAACCCUAUCAUAUACGCGUUCCGGAUCAAAAAGUUCCGUACAGCAUUCCAGAAAAUUUUGCAGCAGUAUUUCUGUUGCAAGAACCUCCCUAUUUUAGAAAUCCAGCCGAGUGACAGGAAAGACAUGCCCCAGUCGCCUCCUUCCAUGCAGAAACCCAUGCUCAAGUUGGACAUCCCUCCCCACAACGGGCAACGAGAUAAGGGGAACCAGGAACAACAAGAACCCAAAGAGCAAGCACUGGAACAGAAUGCUGUAUAGGCCUUUGUAACCAGACCUCAUUUUUUGCGAUGAGGAUGUGAAAAUGGCUGCUACAAAAGCUAAUGGAAAGUUGCCAAUACUCAGGAGCAAUGGAUUUCCUCCAACUGUGGCCAGUAAUAAGAUUUUCUUUUACAAUUUCACUAUCUACUGUGUUCAACUCUUAGUAAAAGACUAACACAUGAAGUCAGGUGCAGUGUAGCAUGACGUUAUUGUGGGUGGAUUGUCAGUAUUAAGUUUAGAACAAAUUAUGAGGGCAGCAUAAUGUGUGUUGAAGAUCGUACUACUGAGUUUGGGAUGGAUUGAAUGUAACAAUUAUGUAAAUAGACUUUUACUAAUGGCUUUUUCAGGGUCUAUUCGCACAACACUUGUGAGGCAAAGAUAUUUAGUUGGAGGAGGAGUGAUGGAAUGGACUAAUCCGGUAACACCAGUGAAGCAGAAAAUUCCCAGUGCUGGAUCCAUUAUGAAGAAGAUGGACAAGGAUAAGCAUGCAGGCAGCUGGAGACUACAGCAGCUUUAGGACAUUCUGCCUGCUGGAGAGUCUGUGAGGAUGACAGCUCCUCGUGGGAAACACAGAACAUGAUGCACUUAAGAAGACUUGAUCUACACAUUCCCAGUGCCAGCUGGCAAUGGGACCACGGCUCUAUUAUGAAACAGGGGAGUGGAUCCAAAAUGGACGCAAAAUGUUUUGAAUCAGAAAGCGGAAAAGUAACUGCAACAUGGUUCAAUUCAGAUUAAUGUCGUUUACAGAACAAAUCAUUUGAACAAUUAUGUUUUCCCCACAUAAGUGGCAUUACAAACAGCAAAUGUAACAACAUAAAGAUAUUUUUGAAGUUGUCAGUUUUCAUAAUUGUUUUGCGCUUCAUUGGAUUUAUAAAUCCUACAUCACAGUAAUGGGUCUUGCUAAAAGAAUGCCACUGUGGAAGCUGCAAGUUGUUCCCAUCUAACCAUCUCGUUAUGGUCAAUGAAGAUAUAUUUAGUUUUAUUGCACUGCAGUACCAUCACGGGCCAUUAGUCUUGUCCACACUGCUAAUCAGAUCAUCUCUGUCUUAUUUAUAUGAAAGGAAGUGGUGCUUCAAACAUUUUGCAGUUUACCAAGAGACUGUUUAGUCUGAGGCAUUUUCAUUUUACAUUUUUGAAGUGAUCUAUUUGUGAAAAUCCACAGAGAAAAACAUGAAGAUUGUGAGUAUAUUAUAUUAACUGUGGGACCUCUAUUUUGCAUUUUGCCACAUAGGGCGUAGAUGUCAUGUUGCCAGCGCUAGCCACUAUUAUUAUGAGAAUGUACAUUACUUUUGGUUUGUCUCUUGUAAGAACUUAAGUUUAUUAUUUACAUUAUCUUGAGUAAAAGACAAUCUCUUUUUUUUUUUUACUUAUAUCAACCUCUGGCAGGUACAGACAGGGAUUGUGUUAUGCCUGUAUAUGAACAAAUCUUAACUGCAGUAAUUAGCUCAGAUGUGACCACAGUGUAGAGUGGAGUGAGAUAAAAAUUUAAACUUGGAAAAAUACAUGUAUAAUUAUGAUACUGUAACAAUGUGCUUUCUACUGUACAUGUAAUGCUAUAUAAAUACUGAAAUAUAGUUUUACAUGCUGG